UUUACCCCCACACUGGUCAGUGCCACAGCCCGCGAAAACUUCUACCAAGCUCGGACCUUGAGCCAAUUCUCCUCUUUGCAGUAUUUUUCUCAUUCAAUUCAUUAAGCGAACUCCCUCAUCGCAUCAAAAUCCAAUAUUUGACGUCAGAUUCUCUAUUCUUCCAUUCGUCAAUGGAGCCCCAUUUGCCGAAUCCGGUGAAGGAGGAGAACCCGACGGGAAGCAAUCCUCAACCUGCGUCUUCUUUUGCUCCACGGCCUAUGGCGGGAUUGCAGGAUUCCUGGCCGCCUCCAUUUCUGACGAAGACCUAUGACAUGGUGGACGACGCCGGUACCGAUCAGAUGGUUUCGUGGAGCAAGAUGAGCAAUAGUUUCGUUGUUUGGGAUCCCCAUUCCUUUGCAAUGGAUUUGCUUCCUAAGCAUUUCAAGCAUAAUAACUUUUCCAGCUUCGUCAGGCAGCUCAACACUUAUGGAUUUAGGAAAGUGGAUCCUGACAAAUGGGAAUUUGCACAUGAAGGCUUUCUUAGAGGUCAGAAACACUUGCUGAUGACCAUCAAAAGAAGAAGAGCCCCUGCCCAUUCUUCACAUCAACAGCAGGCUUCUGAGGCAUGCCUAGAGGUUGGAAAGUAUGGACUUGAUGAGGAAGUCGAUAGAUUAAAACGUGACAAGAGCCUAUUGAUGUCAGAAGUCAUAAAGCUAAGGCAAGAUCAGCAGAACUCAAAAGCUCGGCUUCAAGCCAUGACAGAGAAGCUAAAAGGAAUAGAGCAGAAACAGCAGUACAUGAUGACAUUCUUGGCAAGAGCAAUGCAAAACCCUGGCUUCGUAGAUCAGUUAGCUGAACAGAAAGACAAGAGAAAGGAGCUUGAAGAAGCCAUUUCAAAGAAGAGAAAACGCUACAUCAACAUUGUACCUGCAAAUGUUAAUGCCAGUACAAGCCAACUACAACUUCAGGAUCCUGAGUCCAUAUAUACUCUUCAAGGAAAUGAGCAAUCUGGAUAUGACCUUUUAGAGCUUGAGAAUCUGGUCUCAGAUGUUCCAGAAGAGGAGCUAAAUGAAGAGCAGCAGCGAGAGGUUCCAGAAGAGGAGCUAAAUGAAGAAUUCUGGCAGCAGUUGGUUAAUGAAAUGAUCUCAGAUCAGCCAGGAACAACUGACUUAGACUUGACAAAACCUCCAAAGAUGGCGGUUGUUUUGACAUCAUAUGAGCAGAGCCCAUUAUCAUAUCCUUUUACUUGCUAACUAUUUAUGUCGCCAUUAAGAUUUUUUAUUUCUCUUUUCCAUCGUUAUGAUCAUAACCUCAUUGGUCUUUGGGCAGAUAGCACAGUGAAGGAAGAUGAAUAUAAUUUGAUCUUUGCAAGAAAGUUUCACAAGCUACAGUUCAAGUGCAGCUUCUGCUUCCAUUGAAACCAAAUGUCUUGGCUGUUCUCAUCGAGGUCCAGUGUUCUCGAGUUGUUGAAGCUGGUUUCAUGGAGGGCUGGUGGGAGCUGAUCCUUAGGGUUGUGGACAAUUAUUGUCAAGUUUGCUGUGGUUUUAGUAGAGUUCAUUUAGGUUUAUGGAUCAAACAUUAUAUUCUUUGUAUUGAUGUUGCUCGGCUUGUUUAGCUAUUACAAUCAUGUUUUCUGAUUAUUGUUGUUGCUUACAACCAGAUUUUUGUUCGUCUGUAUUAGAGAUGUAAAUGAGUCGAACUUAGUUCGAGUUUAAUUAUAGGAGUUCGAGUUGAUGAAA